CGAAACUUGAGUUAUAUGUCAUCUCCGCGGGGCUAUGUUAAGGCGGGGCUGUAUGAAGAGGGAAUCCUCCGACCCGGGAGUCAUCACACAUCAGCCGAGACAGAGGUUGCGAACUUGCGUCAUCUCGCAACAGAGGUUAUCAACUGAGGAAACUGAGAGAUAAAAGGGCAAGGGAUCGCCAGCUUUAGGAUUGGCACUCUCGAUCAAUAGUCAGAGAACCAACAAAGAAACUCAACUCUUCUGAAGCAUUGCAUUAGCCAUCCAACAUGAAAUUCCAGCUCCUCUCUACUCUCUUCUUCGCCAUGUUGGCUACUACCGCUGCGAGCGCUGCUCCCGAGAAUCCACUUCACCACUCUGCAAUUCGCGCUUCUGUCGUUCCAUCCAAGCUUCGUUUUGGACACAUUGGCCUGUCGGUUUCAAACAUAACCCUCGAAACCCAAUGGUAUCGAGAAGUCCUGGGCUUCAAGUAUACCGAGACAGAGAUUGUCGGUAGCAACCUGACCAGGCAGUUUGUCAUGCUCAAGAACGCCGCCGACGUCCGUGUCGAGUUCCGACAGGAUGUUGGCUCGACCUCGGACGGAAGAAACCCGACCAACGUCACCGAGCUGGGAAAUGUGCGUGGUAUUUUCAACUGGUCCCUCCAGGUUGACGAUGUCGAUGCCAUUUACCGGAAAUUGAUUGCUGCUGGCGUUGAAAUUUUCCAGGAGCCGGUCGAUGUGCCGACACGUGUUCGAUUUUGCAUGAUUCGCGAUCCCGAGGGCAACAUUAUUGAGCUUAUUCAGCAUCUGUGAAAUUGAGCCAGCGAAGCGACUUGUCAGAGAGAGACAUGGGACGGAUAUUGCAUGGACUACCGAAGGGUCUCUCGAAGUACAGUCUCAACCGGAGUAUCGGUGAGAGAUGUCUGAGUGCAGAUUGUGUUUUUCCAGACAGUAAAUAAACACAAUGAGAGGGGAGGAGCUAGUAUUGAGACUAGCUAAGCCUUUUUUUUUUUCGUUAGGGUUGUUGGUUCAUAUCUUUAGUGUUGCGUAUGGGGUUCAAAA